AGGUGAAGACAACGUAGCAACCUGUGAAAGUGAAUAUUUAUCCAACUAGGUAUGAAGCAUUGUUGGAACCGGAUAUCAUCAAGGCAUUAAUGUUACUAAAAAUAAGGAACAAUGAACUAUACGGAAGUGAGAUGACCGAAGGCAGGGAAGAGUUCGUUGUGGUCCGCGGAGCCUACAAGCGAUAUGGGCUCAAGGCGGUCGUUCUCAACGGACUCAACAUGACAGUGGAGAAGGGAACUGUUUAUGCGUUCCUUGGACCCAGUGGCUGUGGAAAAACUACUCUCCUUGGUUGUAUAGUUGGAAGAAAACGGUUAGAUGCUGGCGAAAUUAGGCUCGGUAUCAAAUAUAAAUCAGAUAUUGGUUACAUGCCUCAGGAAAUAGCAUUAUUCAGGGAUUUUAGUAUAUCAGAAACAUUAACACAUUUUGCAUGGGUAUUUGGUUUGAGCAAACAACAAUUGAAGAAACGAAAAGAAGAACUAUAUAGCUUUUUAGAAUUACCGCCAGAAACUAGUUUAAUCAGUAAGUUAAGUGGAGGACAGCAGAGGAGAAUAUCACUAUGUGUGGCUUUAUUGCACAACCCAGAACUGCUGAUAUUAGAUGAACCAACUGUCGGUGUUGAUCCUGUUUUGAGUCACAGCAUUUGGCAACAUUUAAAACAAAUGUCUACUGUUGGAAAUAAAACAAUAAUCAUUACGACUCAUUCAAUUGAAGAAGCUAGACAAGCUGAUCGGGUUGGUUUGAUGAGAGGAGGAAUUUUAUUAGCAGAAGGGGACCCUAAAUCACUGAUGAAUCAAUACGGCUUUGACACUUUAGAGGAAGUAUUUUUACAAUUAAGUUACAAACAGGAAACAGGAGAAAAUUUCGACAUCGAUUGCCAAACUGUCAAGAAUUAUCCAAAACCAGAAAAAAAGCCCAAACCACCAGUAAAAAUAAAAAGCAUUUUUGCAUUAAAUCACCUCAUCGCUCACUUCUUAAAAAAUUAUUUUUUCUUAAGAAGAAACUUAGGGAUAUUGGCCUUUCUUUUAUGUCUCCCCAUCGUUCAAUGUACACUCUUUGAUCUUUCAAUAGGGCGCGAUCCACUUGGGCUAAAAGUUGGACUCGUCAAUGAAGAACUGGCAGGUGAAGGAGACUGUAGUAUGUUUACUAAUGCAAAUUGUUCAGUGGAAUAUCCAGCAUCUUGUCGCUAUAUGGCUGCUUUAGAAAAAAAACAAAUGAAGCUUAUCUUAUAUAAAGAUGAGGAAAGUGCUCGAAAUGCUACGAAGAAAAAUGAAAUAUGGGGCUUUAUGCAUGUUUCGCAUAAUUAUACAGAGUCAUUAUUUGAAAGAAUAAUACUCAAUGGAGGAGCGAGUGAUGAAGCAUUAGCUAACAGCGAAGUUGAUGUCUCAAUGGAUAUGUCAAAUCAGUAUAUUGGGAAUUUAUUAAGAAGAGAUAUGUACUUUGCAUACAUGGAAUAUUUGGAAAAUCUAUAUGCAGACUGCAAUUGGCCAGUCCAGGCAGCGAAAGUACCAAUUGCAUUUCAAAAAGCUAUAUAUGGAAAUAUUUAUCCUAGUUUUUCUGAUUUUGCUGUGCCUGCAAUAUUACAGUUGUUUGUGUUUUAUUUACCAAUGAUGUUUACUGUUGGAGGUAUUUUAAUGGAAAAACGGGAAGGUAUUCUUGAAAGGAAUUUGAUAUCAGGAAUGACACUAGUUGAAAUAAUUACAGGGCAUGCUAUUGUUUCAAUGUUAAUACUCGUCGUACAGACUCUAUUUAUGAUGAUAGUUCUUUUUGUAAUAUUCGACAAUACCAUUGAAGGAAGUCUAUUAUUAGCAUUGUCACUUCUUUUCUUGGUUGGCUUAAGUGGAAUGUGUUACGGCUGCCUAGUAUCCGUAUUAUGCGAUACUGAUACAGCUGCUACUUAUAUGGGCCUUGGCAGCUUUUUUCCCUUGGCGAUGUUAAGUGGAAUGUUUUGGCCCUACCAAGGUAUGCAUUACCUUCUUCGUUCAAUCGGAUGGUUCCUCCCAUUAACACUAACAACUGAAGGCUUCCGAGCAAUAUCAUCAAGAUCUUGGAGCAUUACUCAUCCUGUUGUAUUCAAUGGCUUUCUUUCAGUAAUUGGAUGGAUAUUUUUCUUUUCUAUUAGUACAAUUGUUGUAAUCAAAAUAAAAAAAGGAAUUCGUAAUAUCAUGUAGGUUCUCAAACAAUGUAAAAGAUUAUUUUUGUAAAUAUAAUGUAAAUAACAAUUUUUCCAUUAAAAAAAAAAAAAAAAAAUGUUCCUAUACUUAAUAUACCAUUAUUGAGUUAUUUAUAAUUGACAAAUUUUGAAAUUAAACCGUGAUAUAAAUGAAAAAUAUUCUAAGAUAUAAUAAAGGCAAACAAUAAUUGACAUAUAUUAUAUGGUACAAUAUUGCAAUAAUUUUAUAUCAGUAUCUUGAACUGUGAUUGAAGAAGCCUUUCUAAUCGAAAAUAUAUAUAAUAUAUUUUCUAAUGUAAAGUUUAGUUAAAAGUUCUUGAAAUAUGUUUUAUUUUUAUAAUUCUUGCCAAAUAAUUGUAUACCUGAUUUUAGGGGAUUGUAGGCAUCCCUACAGAUAACUUUAACUGUAAAUAUAUAAAUAUGUAAAAAGACUGUAAAAUAUAAUAAACAAUAGAAGUAUUGAUAUAUUCUGUUCAGGGUGUGAUAUAUUCUGUCAAACUGUUUAUGAGUUGCUAAUUUGAUCUAUGAAUAAUUUCUAGUCUAUAAUACACAUUUCAUGAAACUACACAAUUGCAAUGUACAAGUUUUAAGUAAUUUUAAACAAAUCAUUACAAUAUAUUAUGAAAUGAAUUCUAUUCUAUAAAUGUUCUCAAAAUCAAAUAAACUUUGCAGCUAGAGUAAUGUUAAUUAUGAUUUUAAUUACUUUUAUUAGAUAAAUAAAUGUAUAACAACAUUAUAACAAAUACGUUUUCCCAAAAAAAUCUAUUCUGUACACUUGUUUGUGAAUGGCAUGCCAGUUUCUAGUCAAUAGUAAGAUAGGUUUAAAUGGGUUAAGAAUUUCCUAACCAUGAAUCAAUUCACUAUUUAAAAUUAUUGUUCUCUCAACUAAAAUUGUGUAACAUCAACAACUACAUUUUAUCAGUUUAGUAUUCCAUGUACUCCAUCUAAAAAAUGUAUGUAAUAUUUAUCAAAGUAUAUAAUUAUAUUUUUACUAUGUUUUAUUAUUUAUUUUUAUGUGACAAUAAAAAUUUCUG